AUUUUUCAAUUUGGUAAGAAAUACAUUUUUAUUUUUAUGUUUAAAAUGGGUUAGUAUUUGUCUGAUGAAUAGUUUUAGCAAAUUUCCUAUUUGGUGAAAAAGAACUGGUAUUGACAAGUUAACAAAUUCAGCAUGCUAAAAUUAAAUAUAGACAACAUGUGCUAAGAUAUGACACAGCAAUUUUCCAUGUGUAUGACUGAUAAUAUCAAGUUUCUAAUCAGAUUUUAAGUACCUAUUUCAUAAAGGAAAAAACAUAACAGGAAAAAAACAUAACAACAUAUAAUCCUAUGUGACAUCAGACAUGCAAGUCAUUAUAAAAUAAUCUGGAUGUCAGAAAAUAUUGAUAGUGACAAAGAAAGAUAAAGAUGGAAUUAUUUGACAAGUCAACACUUUCAUUUUGAUAGUGACAAACACUCAAUAUGUGACUCACAUAUAUUCAAGUAUCUUACUGCAAGAAUUAAUUUGAAUAAGGUAUGAGUCAUAAAAUAGUUAACUGUUCCUAUACUAGUACUCACUCAAUUAGUUGUAAACACACCAUAUCUUUCAAUGCCUAUAAGGGCUUAUGCUGCCACUUAUGUACGUACUUCAAUAUUGUUGGAUUUUAUUUAUUACUGUAUGUACAUGUAUAUAUUAUAUAAACCCUCACUGUGAACAUAACAUAUAACAAAGACUAAAUGUGGGAUACACUGUUUUGUAGGUUUAUCAACAUGAUAUAAAUGUAAAGGACAAAUGUUAUAUUAAUGACCUCAUGAUUGUUUAUAUUUCCAUUUGGGAUAGCACUGCCUAAACAUAGUAAAAGCUUUUAGGGUGGUCAUAACUUUCUGAUGUGCGAAUGAACUAUUGGUACAACACCUUGGAUCAAUGCAUGUUCUUUGGCAUUUACAAAUUAAAUCAAUAUGCAAACAUGGAUUAGACUGAAACAAUUUUUUUUGUAAACAAGGAUAACUUGUGCAUUCCAUGGAGUUACGCUUAUGAUAACAGCAGCAGUUGUACAAUGCAGGCCAACAAAGUGAAGACUGGGUUGAUAAUUACCCUAAGCUAUACAGAACUACUUAGCAUGACAUCAUCAGCACAUUGCACAUAAAGGCCCGCGCAUUAUAACUAAGGAAUUCCAAGCAGAUAAAGACCAUUGCCAACAGUUUAAUAUAUCAAAGAAGGUCAAGAGCAUUACAGGAUACAUUUAUACUGCAGCUAACUGUUGUCAAGUCUAAUCACAUCAUGGAGUUCACACUUGUAAAGCACAUCUUGAGGGCUACAUGAUACAGAAGCAAGCAUACAAAAACGUGCUAUUGAUUUUAGUUACUUUUUCCAAGAAUAUGACCUUGCCUCCAUCUUGCAGAGGUUAGUAUGGUAAAUGAGAGAAAUGGAAGGCUGUAUCAAUGUGGAAACAUACCUUUGCUCUGUUGGUGUGCAACAAUUUACAUGUAUUGGUGGGACAUUUGAAGUAGACUUCAAUAAGAGGCCACCUCAAAAUAAAGAACUUGAGAAAAGACUACCACAGGAAGUAGUCAUACAGAUAUGUAGUCUUGCUACAAGCCAGAGACAAGAUGUCUUUAAACACGGACAGUUCAUUAGUGUCCAAUGUCCAGAGAAAAGCUUAACACUAGACGAUACUGUAAUCUAUAGCUGGGAGCCAAGCUUCAGUGAACAACCCUCACUUCAGUGCUGUGUAGAGGACUCACUUUUAAGGAUGGAUUACAAUGAAACUGAGGACAAUAACAUUUAUAUCCUGUAUUCUGACUCUUCUGUUCCAUGUGGAGAGAGCUGGCAGGAUAUAACAGCAGAAGCACGCUUCAGAGGGAACAGGGCAGCAGGAAUCUUUAAAUAUAGAGCACAGAAGACAGGGGUGUAUUGCAUUGUACAAGCCACAGCGAGCAUUGCCUUAAGUAGAAUUCUUCAGACAAUGAACCAAAUCAGCAGCAAUGUCGUUGAUAAAUAUGUUACUGUGACAAUAACACGCAAACCAGGACCAGAAAACAAAGCCAUAGUGGACUGCCUUCAAGUGACAGAUCCAAGAUUAAAAAAUUCAUUAUACAGAGAUUCAUUCAACCAGCUAUUCAUUGCCAUGGCAGCAACAUGCAGUUUGUGUCUGAAUGUCCAAGCUCAUGCUGGAAAUGAUACGUGUACAUUGAUCAACCCCAAACUGGAUGCUGGGGGUGACAACAGACAGCCGCUUUGUCUGGGUGAACAUGCCACAGAAGAUAAACUGGUGUGGAUUCACAUCUUUCAAGAUGAUUACAUGAAAAAAUCAAUUGCAAAACUUCUUCUUAAAAAGAGAGAGAUUUGGAAUUACCAACACCUUAAGAUGCCUUCACUAAAAUAUAAGUACAAGGGAAUAAGAGUUAGAACUCAAUCUUCAUCAGAAUUUAAUACACAUGCUGCAAAGCGUCAUUUAAGCCAUCAAGUUCAAGAUUCCUUACAGCUGGAGCAAUCUUUUUCAAAAGACUAUAAGAGACAAGCUGGAAGCUUAGAAUAUGCUAGCUUUGAAGAAUUCAAUAAGAAAAGAGUAAACCGUGCCAGCAAAGACCGUUUGAACAUUUUCUUGAAGUUAAUUGAGAGACUACAUUCAAAGAAAAAGAAAUAGAAAUACAAAAAUAUAGCAUAUAUUCACAGACACUUUGAUUUUCACAGACACUUUGAUUAUUAUAAUAAUGUCAUGAUAUGUUACAAACAUUAUGGUUACAGUGAAUUGUAACUCACAGAUUUUUGGGACUAAAAACGUUUGCUUAAAUUCAGAGAAUGCUAUGAAUGUAUGGAUCAUUUCAUCUCAAAUCAGUUGGUGAAGAUUCCUCAUCCAUCACAAGCAGAUUUGUCUAAUAUUUCAAAGAACUGAAGUUCAUUGUUUCUGGUGAGGAAAAGAAAAAUUUUAAAGCUAUUAUUUUGGUAAAACAUAUCUUCUUGCACAAAACUUUCAAUUUUAGUUGCUAGCAUCUACAUUUUGAUACCGGACUAUUAAAAAAUACAUCUGAACAAUGCAGGUAUGCCAAAUAUAGAAUACCAAAUAAGAAACCAUUCUGCAAAAUACAUUUUCCAGAGCUACUAGUUGAACUGACAUAGAAUGACCCAAAUAGGCCUAUUAACAUCAUGACAAUAUUGGAAACCUGAAUCAUUCUUUACAUACCAGAAUAUAGAAUACAGAUUAAAGGGAUAACAACUGUUCGUUUUGACCAAAAAAAUUGGAUUUUCCUGAAGUAAAUAACAAUCUUCCCAUACUUCCUAAUGGUUAAUGACUCAAAGUUAGUCCCUUCAAAGUUAGUCCCUGGUUUUUUUAAGUUCUGUUUUUUGUUGUAAUCUUUCAAGUGAUUAUUGCAGAGUUGCCAUCUGUGGAGGUCAUGUGGUUUGAUGGCAAGCACAGAUUCCAGAUCAAUUUAUAACCUCUAUUUUGGUGAUAAAAUAGUAUUUAUUACA